CGCGUCCUCGGUGUCGACGCCGAUCCAGCAGUCUUCCAUUCCCAUGUUGCUGCGCUUGAUCACACUGCUGGUGGCCACGGCCGCUGCGCUGCAUUCGCGCCACAGCAAGACGGCCGAUUACACGCUGCCACCAGUGUUCACGCCAGCCUACUUGAAGGACGUCAGUCGCAACGUCGCUUGCCACAAUGCCAGCGCGGGCUACGAGGCGACACUGCGUCCUGGCAACUACACCUCUAAUGGGUUCUUUGACUGCUUUCGAACACGUGGCCAGAUCGACGCCUUCUUGGCCACGCUCGUCGCGCAGAACCGUCGGCUACUGACGCCCAUGCCGCUGGCGACGUCCAUCCGCGGCGUGCCCAUCCUCGCCUACAAGCUGUCGAUCGCGCGCAACCACACGGCGCCAUCCAUCUAUGUGCAGAGCAUGAUGCACGCACGCGAGUGGGUCGCGGGCUCGUCCAACCUCUAUGCGCUUGCGUCGUUCCUCGACGACCUCACUGCCAAUCGCACACCGCCCGCGCUCGCCAAGUACGACAUGUACUUUGUACCGAUCGUCAAUGUCGAUGGCUAUGACAAGACAUGGUCUGGCGACGACGAUGGCGAGUCCCGCUACACGCGCAAGGACGCACACGAGGUCGACUUGAACCGCAACUUUCCCACGCUCGCCUUCAACCACGACCACGACAACAUCGACUCGGAGGCCUACCCGGGCACGUCGCCGCUGAGCGAGCCCGAGUCCAAGGGCAUCGCCGACUUUAUCAGUGCGAUCCCAAUGGACGGCUUCUUUGACAUCCACACGUACUCGGCGCUCGUGCUCUAUCCGUUUGGUGACACGCUGGCGCCGCCGCGUGGCAACCGCUACAAGGUGCUCUCACAGCAAGUGGCCGACGCACUCAACAACGCGACAGGGAUCACGUCGUACGAAGGCGUUCCUGCCUACGAGCUCUACCCGUGCUACGGCACGUUCAUCGACUAUGCCUACCGCAAGUACGAGAAGGCCGCGCUCACAGUUGAGAUUGCCGGCAGCGACUUUGUUGAAAAGGUGGACCGUAUUCGCCUGCACGGUGCUGCGAUCUACGACGCCCAAAACGUGUUUGCGAGCGGUCUCGAGGCGUUUAACGCAAAUCGAUAAGAUUAUACCCA